AUGAUGGCCGACCGUAGGAAGCUUGGAAAAACGACAGGCAAUCUGUACUAUACUAACCAAGACAGAACAGCAAAAUUAGUAUCAGGAGAAAAAGGACGAGUAGAUGUCAAAAGAAAAACAAGAGGAAAUACAAAACCAGAUUUGGCUGGGAACGAGGAAGAUCAAAGACGAGGGGGCCACGGAAGCUGUGACUGGGCCCGCGAGAGUGACAUCAACGAAGAGGGUAGCUAUCAAAUGGAAGGAGCAAGCCAGUUACAGAGUGGAAAGCGGCAAAAUGCUGCUGCUGAAGAAUGA